GGUCAUGAUCAGCGGGACUCCUCCCCUAAUGCAGACCGAGCAGAUCGCUCUUCCUGCGGUGUGACAGCAGCAGCAGCAGCAGCACUGGCGCAUUGUGUCUCUUUAGCAUUCAUUUGACUAUUUCUUCUUGUAUUGAGUUAUUAACACAACAUCAUCUGAUUUACCUCCUUUUGGGCGGACUACAGCACGGAGCGGGCUUCUCUAAAAUGGCCAACAGAGAUGAUGAAUACGAUUUCUUGUUCAAAGUUGUUCUCAUCGGAGAUUCGGGUGUCGGGAAGAGUAACCUGCUGUCGCGCUUCACACGGAACGAGUUCAACCUGGAAAGCAAGAGCACGAUAGGUGUGGAGUUCGCCACCAGAAGCAUUCAGGUGGACGGCAAGACGAUAAAAGCGCAGAUCUGGGAUACGGCAGGGCAGGAACGGUACAGGGCCAUCACUUCUGCGUAUUACCGUGGAGCGGUGGGCGCGCUGCUGGUGUACGACAUCGCCAAGCAUCUGACCUAUGAGAACGUGGAGCGCUGGCUGAAAGAGCUCCGAGAUCAUGCCGACAACAACAUCGUCAUCAUGCUGGUGGGGAAUAAGAGUGACCUGCGCCACCUGAGAGCGGUGCCCACCGACGAGGCUCGCGCUUUCGCAGAGAAGAAUAACCUGUCAUUCAUCGAGACCUCCGCUCUGGAUUCAACUAACGUGGAGGAGGCAUUCAAGAACAUUCUAACAGAAAUUUAUCGCAUUGUAUCACAGAAGCAAAUCGCUGAUCGAUCAGCCCACGACGAGUCGCCGGGAAACAACGUGGUGGACAUCAGCGUCCCACCGACUACAGACGGCCAGAAAGGCAACAAACUGCAGUGCUGCCAAAACCUGUAACCAUGACAACCAGCCCCACCUGUCACUCAUCUCCGACUCCCUCCACACGUCGUGCCGCUAAUGUUCUCAAUUUUAUUUGUGUAAUAUAUAUAUGUAUAUUUUUCUUUUUGAUAGCUUGUCCACUCACAUUCACACAUACGACUGACAUGAGUAAAGUUUUACAGUAUCUGACUGCGCUGUGGUUUAUUGGCUUCAAGGCUGAAAGUCAGGUUUAUCAGUUUAUCAUUGUCAAUGCCAGAAAAUAUUAGACAUGGACAAAAAAUCUUCAGGUGAAUCUCAAGAUCAUGUGCAUGCCAUAUUUCACUCCAAAAUUAAAAUUAAUAAUAUUUUUCAUGAAAAAAAAAAUUUUAUUAUUAGAUUUUUUUUAUUAUUAUUUUUUAAUUUUCACAGUGUUUUUUUGAAUAUACAUAUAUACUAUUGAGUACAUUACGAAAUACUCAAAAGAUACUCGAAGGUAAAAUGUUUUUGCAUCAACCUAAUGAGAAUUUUAUCCUAAAAUUAAAUUAAAUUUAUACAAAAUAUUAUUUUAACCUCACAUGUUUUCUUGAGAUUGACAUUAAUAUUCUUCAUUGAUCAGUAAAGUUACAAGUAAAGCUGCUGUCCGGCUAACGAAAAUAUGUUCUUGGAACGUUUUGCUAAUGUUCCCAUUAAGUUAUGAAAACGUUCCAAAAGUUCCAAACAUCCAGUUUUUAAAAAAUGCUUUGGUUUUGUGAACAUUAAUUGAACAUUCCAUUUUAGAUUUCUUUAAACACUGGGAAUGUUACUUUUGAAUGUUCUGUGAACAUUCUGAAACAAGUAACAUUUAAAAAAUGUUAGACGAAUGUCCAAAUAAAACAUUUGAGAAAAUAAUGCUCCAUGAAUGAUGUAUAAAUAAUGUUUUUAUGUUAACGUUUCCAGAUAACUGAAUUAUUAACAUUACUGGAAGAACGUUUGUUCAUAACUUUAAGAGAACCUUGGUAGAACGUUCCCUGUCAGCUGGGUAGAUCUAAGCAUUUAAAUGUGAUUAAGCUGCUAGUUGAGUCCGAUAUAUGAGCUUUAUAUCCCUGUCUGUGGAACGCUAUUGGAGGUGGAUGACAUUUACAACAGAGAGGAAGUCUCACCUUCCCACAACAUGUUUCUUUAUGACUGGAUUCUGAGACAUAAACUAACAAACUAACAGAUGAGCAAACAACUCAAUACCAGAAAACAAGCUGUUGUGGGCAGAGCUGAUCUCUUACAGCACUAUUUAUUUCAUUUUAUAUGCAUAGUUCUUUCGGAAUUUUUUUGUAUGCGUUGUUUUUUUAAUAUGUGUAGGUUCAUUACUGUUAAACACACCUCAGUGUCUCUUUGAAGUCUCAUGAAUGCUGGUCUGGAGGUUCGCUGUGAACACACACACACACACACACACACACACACCUCUAUUUGUAAUUAUCAACAUUUUCAAAUUAAAAAUAAAAUGCUUAAAUUGUGAA